AUGGAAGAAGAGGGAUCAUGUAUCAAAGAUAAAUUAUAUUUCAAAUUGUAUGAAUAUAUAAACAAAUUAGAUAAAUAUUCAUUUGAUGAUAUUAACCUUGAGGAGGAAGCAAAAAAACAUAUUUUAUACAUUAGUAAAAGAAAAAAGAAGAAGAAGAAGAAAAAAAAAAAAAACUGUGAAUGUAAUGAACACAAGUUGGAAGUGAAUGAAGAAACCAGGGAAAUGAACAAUGGAUUACAUAUUAAGAGAAGAGCAAAAUAUAACGAAAGUAAAAAACAAGAUCGAAACGAUACGAGUGAUGGAAAUGAUAUAAUUGGGAAUAUAAACGUCAACCCGAGAAGAAAAAAUUACUCAUUUGAUGGAAAAGGAAGAGUAACAGGUUCUGAUUUGGAAAAUGUUGAGGAUAAGUAUGCACAUUAUGAUGAUACUCACCGUAGUUGCAGUGACUGUUCUGAUCGAAGUUGUAGCGAUUGCUUUGAUCGAAGUUGUAGCGAUUGCUUUGAUCGAAGUUGGAGUUAUUGCUUUGAUCUGAGUUGCAGUGGAAGUGAUUCGGACGAACCCGAAUCUGCAUGCUCAUCUGUGGGAGAACAUAAAGAUGAAGGACAGAUCGUUCUUCCUCUCAAUGAGAAUCUACUCUUCUCAAGAAAAACAGAACGAAGGAAGUAUUCCCAUGGAUGCAAUUUUCAGCCGAUUGCAGAGAACAACAACCAUAGAAGUAGUGAAAAUAAUGGGGAACUAUUUUUGCACAAUCAUGAAAAUGCAAAAUCUGAAGAGAAGACACAAAGAAGAAGAAGAAGAAGAAGAAGAAGCAAAAAAAAUAACGACAUUUUAAACGAAAUUGAUAACUAUUACCUAAUUUUUAAAUUGAAUAGAAAAAUGGAAGAGUAUAAGAGUAUAAACGAAAUUGAAAUUAUAAAGAAUGAGAGAAGUUGUAAUUUAUUAGAAAAUUUUCAAAAAAUUGAUAACAUUAUAAAUUAUUACAAUAAAAUUAAGGAUGAAUUACACAACUUGGAAAAAAAUAAAGAAUUUAUUUAUGAAAAUUUUUAUUCCAUUUUUCUAAAUUAUUAUUCUAGAUAUCAAGAAGUAAAAUUAAUCAAAAGGAACAAAAAAAAAAUCGAACGCCAUUUGAAAUAUUACAUGAACGUACAACAUUUUGAAAGCUUACUUAGUAAUAUGGAGAGAAAUGAAUAUGCCUAUUUUAUCGAUAUGUACAAUAACUCUUUACAAAAAUGUGUAGGAUAUCAGAACGGGGAAGAAUUGGCUGAUGAUCGAUGCAAUUUGGGGGCUAGCAAAAAUGGGAAUGAGAACCAGAAUGAGAGUGAGAAUCAAAAUGAGAGUGAGAAUCAGAAUGAGAGUGAGAACGAGAGUGAUACUGAUGAAGAAACUGAUAUUGGGGAAGAAGAGGAAGAUGAUGAUGAUGUCUCUGUAGACAGUUCGAUUGGUGAUGAUGAUGUCUAUAUGGACAAUUCGAUUGGUGAUGAUGAUGUCUAUAUGGACAGUUCGAUUGGUGAUGAUGAUUUCUAUAUGGAUAAUUCGAUUGAUGAGGAGAAUAAUAAUGAUGAUAUAAACAACUGGAUUGGAGAAGGUGCAAAAGUAAAUUGGACUGGAGAUGUUACAGAAAAUUGGGUCUCUUCAUAUGAAACAGGUGAUGCAGACACAAAAAGAUGUAACAAAUUGGAAGAUGAAGAGAAACAUGAAAGUACCAACCCUUCCAUUGAAGGAGGAAGAACUGAAGAAAAGUUGAUUGGGAAACUUAGGGGAGAGGAGGAAGAGACUAGUCCAAUUAGGGAACAGAACGAAAAAGAUGGUUGUCAAAAAGAUUCAAUUAAUAAGGACAAGGAUGCAAAUCUUGAACAGAAAAAAAAAAAAAAUAUAGGAAUAAAACGGUUAAGUAAGUUACUAAGAAUCAGGGAUAAGUAUACCCUACAAUUCUUCAAAGAAGAGUUAUGUAGAAGUACAGAAUUUUUUCCUUACCAAAUGGAUAAUAAUAAUUUGGAGAAAGAAUUAUACGAUCGAUUAGAAGGAAAAAGAAAGGGAAAAAAGAAUAAGAAGAAGAAGAAGAAGAAGAAAAAGAAAAAGAAGAACGAAAAGAAAAACGUAGGGAAGGUGGGGAUAAGAAAUGAAUCCCCAAAUAAAAAAUUAAAAUAUAUGAAUGAGAAGAACGAAAUUUAUCACAUGCUUGACUUUUCUGAAAAGGCUAUAAAAUUCUUUAAAAAAAAUGACACAUAUUACAAUGCUAAGGGCAAGUUAAACAAGUAUCAGUCUAUCAUUAAACGAAUUUUAAAGUAUGUCAUAAAUUUGUUUAGAGAUGUUUUAAAUAAUGCAGAAUUUAAUAUGACCCCAGGAGGAAGAGAUUUUGAAAUCGGAAUUCCAUAUGAAAUUGAAUCUCGUGAAAGAAAUGGAAAUGGAACAUUCGCACAUCUACAGUUAAGCCAUGGGAAAUGGUGGAAAAAGCAAGAUCUUAUGUGUUACAACUCUUAUUAUAAGAAAAAAAGUGCAACUGGUUCUUAUGAUAUUAAGGAGCAUGAAAAUCAAGGAGAAAAUGGAAAGAGACUUCUCAGGAAAGAAUCUGAUCGAGUGAUUGGAAACACAUCAACCAUUAAGAAUGAACAUCGUGAUGGUAAAAGUUGUAGCAUUAUUGAAGGGGAGACUAAGGGUGGAGGAACAGAAGGUACAAGUAACCAAAACAGAGGAGAAUUGGGAAAUGAGAACCCAAGUUAUAGAAAUGAUUUGGUAAAAGAGCAGAAGCUUUUGCCUAUAAAUGAUGAAAUAGGUGAAAUUGGAGAAACUGGCGAAAUUGGGGAAAUGGGGGAAAUUAGGGAAAUUGGUAAAACUGGCGAAAUUGGCGAAAUAGGUGAAACCGGCGAAAUUGGCGAAAUGGGCAAAACGAACGGAAUGUACAACAACCUCAACUUCAUAUAUUUCAGCAAAUAUAUCAACGAAUUUGAAUAUUAUAAGAAAUACAAAAUGAAGUGUAACUGCAUGAGAGAAAUUAUAAAAUUUAUCUAUGAGAAGUCCCUAGUGGACGAGAAUAACUUAUAUUCAGAAGAAUAUUAUAAGCUGGAAAAUUUUUACACAAGUACAAGAGUAAAAAUAUUGAAUAAUAAUAUACUGAACAAUUUUGAGAAAUUUUCAAAUAAUGAUAUAUGUAAAUACAUAAAAAAUAUUUGCCUUUUAGCUAUAUAUAUAUCAAAAUUAGAGGUAGAUUUAUAUGUGCAUAUAUUUGAUAAUAAUCUUUACAAUUCUAUUAAUAUAAUUCUUAAUAGCAUUGGAGUUUGUGUGUACGAUUGUAUAAAUGAAAAUUUACUACAGCUUAACAACAUUCAAAUAAUAAGAAAAAUUAUUCAAAUUAUUUAUGUGGAUAUUAUAGAAACUUAUAGUGAUAGUACGUACACAAUAAUAUGUGAUUAUUUAAAAAAUAUAUGUAAAAUUUUAAAGGAAAAAUUGUUAAAUGUAAUAGAAAUGUAUAUCUCUUAUUACACCAAAAACAUAUCUGCAAAUUUACCUUAUGUAUGUUUUAACCCCUUAAACAAAAAAUUUACAAAUAUGGUGAAUAAUUUUUUAUACGAUGAAUAUUUUAUCGCAUGUGAUGCGAAACGAGGGGAAAAAUCCUCAAUAAAAAAUAAAGAGAUUUCAGAAAAGGAGGAGAAAAAGAUAGAUAAACGAAUUCUGAAUUUGACCCCCCAAACUGAGAUUAAACCGUUCAUUGGCAAGAACACACAAAGUGAUGAAAAAUUUGAACAAAUUAGCAGUAUUAAAAAUAACACAUUAAAAAAACUCAUUGAAAGGACGAGUGUCAAGGUAGGUGAUCAUACCAGUGAGAGUAUAGACAGUAUGGAAAGUCUAGAUAAUUUGGAAAAUCUGGAAAAAUUGGAAAGUCUAGAUAAUUUGGAAAGGCUAAAUCAUAGGAAUAAUAAUAAGGAGCGUGAAUACAAUACAAACAUACUAAAUGAUAAGAACGUAUACAAACCAUUUUCCUUUCACAAUUGGGAAUUCAACAAGGACACGAAAUUUGGAUUAACAGGAAUAGAUAUAAAUAUCAUUGGAACCAUUUUAAUUUUGAAAACAAUUAAUUUUAUAAUUGAUGAAAAUACAUUCUUGGAUUUAUUUAAAGAAUGUUUAGAAAAUACGUUUAACUCUAUAUUGUCUAUUUACAAAGAUCAUAUGAAAAAUCAUCCCCAGGAUAUCUUUAAUGGGAGUCUAUAUUUAAUUAAAAAUUUAAGUCUUCUGAUAUAUUUAUUUCACAAAGUAACUAAAGAUCGCGAGUUAUUCCAUUUUCACCUGCACACAUCAUUGACCGAAAGCCUUUUAUCUGGAUCAUCUCUACAGGAAUGGUUGGAGAAACAACAUGUUAAUCGAAAGAACAAUGACACAAGGAGUGUGGAAAAUGAAAAUUCUAUUUUGUAUUUCAUCAAAAAAGUUUACAAUAUAUCAUCCCACAACGAUGUAAAGGAGAGAAUAUUAACAACCUUCAAUGAGGGAAUCUACAACUUUAUCAUAACCACUGUUUCGAGGGUUUGCUUCCCCUUGAUAAAAAUUCUCUCAGUUGAAUAUAAAGAAAGUUCGAUUCAGAAAGAGGAAGAAAUAAAAAGACUAAUUCACGAAAUGAUAAAUGCAAAAAGGAAUAGUGCUGGAAAUGCAGUAUUCCAUAACAAAGAAGUGAGCUUUUCCUUUUUGAGAGAUAUCAACUUUGAGUUGCUAGAAGAAUAUGCAGAAAAGAUUAUAUAUAACGAAGAUUGUAACAAUGCACCGAGCUACUGCAACAUGGAUGAUGUAAAAAACAGUCUACAAUUUUUUAAACAAAAAAUUCAUGAUAUAUAUCCAAAGAUAUACUUUUAUGCAAAGUUGUUUAUUUACUCUAAUACGGACAAACCACACGAAAAUGAUUUUUUCCCAUCUCUCUUUUCCUAUAUUAUGGGAGUUUUAAAAUACAAAAUAAUAUUCUUGCUUAGCGAGGUCUAUAUCCUACUAAGAUACAAAUAUUCGAGCCAGAUUAAAACAAUUUUUGAGGAAAAUUAUUUAAGUGAUUUAUUUACUUUUUUGAAUUCAAAUGAAGAGUACACUUGUGUCUUUUUAGACAUUCAUCAACAUUUCGACAUGAAUGAAAAUUAUAAUUUUUUAGGUGAAUAA